AUGGCGCUACAAGCCGCAUACGUGCAGUUUCUUGCUGCGCCAAACUCGACUGCUCUCGCCGAGAAAGCCACGCUCAACUACAUUACGACAACGACAAGCAUCUCCGGUGCCGCCGAAAUCGUGAAGCACCUGAGUGGUUUGCACAGUCAUGUCAAGAAGAACAAGGAGACGCUCCUGUCUGCAAUUGAAGGCCGUGAUGGACUUGCGCUGGCCAUUGAGAUGGACACCUCCCUUGAGUUUGUUAUCAGUGGAGGACCAUAUCUUCCCGGUCUAGACGACAACUUCCUGGCUGAUCGCAAGAUCCAACUAUGCAUUACCCACAUUGUCGCAUUCGACUCGGAGGGCAAGAUUGUCCAAAUACGCCAGUCAUGGGACCAGGGCUCGCUCCUCAAGCAGGUGGAUGUCAUCGGUAGGAGUGGUCGUAACUGGCCCAUCCGCGACAGCACUGAGCAGAUCAAGCUUAUUACCAAGUGCAUCAAGGGUGAGGCCGAUGCCUCCGGUGGUGACAUCCCUAUUCGCUCGCGUGCCACUUCCACCAACGCUAUGCGCGACCCUCACGCCUCGUUGAACCUCUUCGCCCCGCGCGCCGAGCAAGAGGAGGCCGAGAUUGGAGCAGUAGUCUCCCCGUACGCAGGCAAGACGCGUCCUCCCCAGCGCUCUUUCACCGACAUCCUUGGCGAUGAGCCAGAGGAUGCCGAGGACGGUUCCCCUGGCCGCCCCACCUCGCCAACCAAGGGCGUAGCCCCCAAGGCCGGCGCGGGCAAGCACUUCCCGCAGCCGCGACUGUUCGAGACAAACGAGGAGGACGAGCCAGAUUCGCCAGUGCAUCACAAGUCUCCGGAACGCCAGUACAAGCCAAACCCCAAGAAGUACGAGCAUUUUGAGUUCGCCGAUGGUUCAGACCCCCGGGAUGCGCCCGUCCGCGGCACAGAGUUCGACAAGGUCAACAGGGGCAAGCACAAUAGCCAGUGGGACUUCAAGGACUUUGUUACCCCGCAAAAGCCCCGGGGGCGUCCUCAGCGGUCCCAGGAUGUCAGGCACUGGAGCACUGAGAACGACGAGGCCAUCGCUGAGACGCCGGCUGCCCGAAGGCCUGCUCCGCCCAAGCCACGACGCGAUGCCGAGACGCACUUUGAGCUUCAAGAUGAUGGCCCAGACGGAGAGCCCCGCCCAGCCGGUCGCCCGCGGGGCGCGGGCCACAAUGAGGGCUUGGGUCUGUACAAGAACAACGUACACAGUGAGGAUGGCAGUGCUCCCGACGGUCCUGACCCCCGCGCAUUGGGCAACAUCACCAACGUGAAGGAUAGACGUCGCGACUUUGAUCCUCAUUUUGGAAUCACGGAUGACAGCCCAAACCAGGGCACUACGCAGGCAGAGAACCCCAGGGGUGUUCCCGAGGGUCGCAAGAAGGCAGUCAAGAUGAUGGAAUCGAACUGGUCGGCAUACGACAAGUCGCCUGUUUCUCAGAAGGAAAACAGCCUGCGUGAGGCUCGUGGUGCCAGGAACGGAGAAAACCAAGGCAUUGCGAUUGGUGGCGAUGGAAUGGGUGGUAAAAAGGGUUCCUCUCGCAACUACAUCUUUGGAGAUCCCGAUUCCGAGGACGAGGUCCCUCGUCCCGUUACGAAGAAGCAGGGCGCCGCUCACAAGCCCACGGCGGGUAGCUUCUGGGACUUCUAG